AUGACUGAGGAUAUACCACAGGAAGAUGACAGAUCAUCGGAUGAAUCCGACAAUGGCGAGCACGAAGAUCAGAGCAAAGCAGGAGUUUCACAGCAACGUAUUACCCAGAACGCAAAGUUCAGAGACCUUCUUGCACAGCGUGCUGAUACAGGCCCCAUUCAUGACAAUAAACUCACCCAUGACCUGCCAGAUGCUCAGCUUUCCACUGCUCACUUGGUAGCGAAACAAGACCUCGGAAUUGGUACGCUGGACCCAAGAGAGUACCAAUUGGAACUAUUUGAGAGAGCGAAAGCGCAGAAUACAAUUGCUGUACUUGAUACGGGCUCUGGGAAGACUUUGAUCGCAGUGUUGCUACUUAAACAUACACUGGAAAAGGAAUUGAAUGAUCGCGCGGAGGGGAAGCAACAUCGAAUAGCCUUUUUCCUUGUAGAUAGCGUGACGCUCGCAUACCAACAGGCCGCGGUACUACGCAACAAUUUGGAUCAGAAUGUCGGGCAUUUCUUUGGGGCUAUGGGAACUGACCUGUGGAGCAAAACUGUUUGGGAGCAGCACUUCCAAAAGAACAUGGUGAUCGUCUGUACAGCGGAGAUUUUGAACCAGUGCCUGCUCAACUCCUACGUUAAGAUGAGCCAAAUUAACCUCCUAAUAUUCGAUGAAGCGCACCAUACGAAGAAAGAUCAUCCUUAUGCACGCAUCAUACGUGAAUCUUACCUUGAAGAAGACCCCUCAAAGCGUCCACGAAUAUUUGGGAUGACAGCAUCACCGAUCGACACAAAAGGUGACAUAGUCGAUGAAGCUACGAGACUUGAGAAGUUGCUUGACAGUAGGAUAGCUACGACUUCCAACAUGUCACUUCUACGGCAGGUGGUCAGGCGUCCAGUGGAAAGAGUAUGGUCCUUCAACAGGUUGGAGCAACCGUUUGCUACUAGCCUAUAUAAGCAGCUUGAAGAUCGUUUUGGAGACAUGGCGUGCUUGGAGGGUAUAUUCAGAUUUGCUUGGCAGGCCAGCUCUGAGCUAGGCCGAUGGUGUUCAGAUCGAGCAUGGGCGCGUGCUUUAGCAGAUGAUGUAUUGCCCAAACUCGAAGGUAAUGUUCGCAAGACAGCAAACUCUGAAAUAUCAUCCGAUGUGCCCGAAAGUGCUUACAAGGAGAUUUUGCGGAUAACGGAAGCCAGUGAGAUAGUGAAGGGCUAUGAGUUUAGCAGUCCUGAGACCUUUGGCCAACUUAGCCCCAAAGUGCAAGUCCUUCGCGAAGAGCUCGCCCACUAUUUUGGACGACCGACGGAGACAAAAUGCAUUGUUUUCACGCAGAAGCGCUACACUGCUUUGAUUCUGUCUGAACUUUUUCAGACCCUGAAUAUUCCCUUCCUUCGGCCUGGUGUGCUUAUUGGUGUCCGGUCUGGGGAUUUAGCCGGAAUGAACAUAACGUUCCGCCAGCAGUUUAUUUCCUUGGUUAAGUUUAGGACCGGCGAGAUCAAUUGCUUGUUCGCUACAUCAGUUGCUGAAGAGGGUCUGGAUAUUCCUGAUUGUAAUCUGGUCGUUAGGUUUGAUCUUUAUCAAACGUUGAUCCAAUACGUGCAAAGCCGUGGGCGGGCGAGGCAUUUCAACUCAACGUAUGCGAGUAUGGUCGAAAGAGGAAACCUGGAUCAUGAGCAGAGGCUACUUGAGGUUCAAGAUGCUGAAAAAAUGAUGCAAAACUUUUGUAGAACCCUCCCCGAGGAUAGGCUAUUAUAUGGCAUUGACCACGACCUUGAUACAGUGUUACAGAAAGACGAGGGCAACAGGACUUUCAAAAUCAAAUCUACAGGUGCUAAGCUAACCUAUCAUUCAGCAACGGCGAUACUUGCUCGGUACGCUAGUUCUUUGCAAUACGAAAAGGAGAUUUCGGCUCAAGUAACUUAUGUAGUGCUUCUUAUCAACGGUGCCUUUGUUUGCGAGGUUAUUUUACCGGAAAAGUCACCUAUCCGAGGCCUCACAGGAAGCCCAGCAAUGAAGAAGUCCAUUGCGAAGCGCUCUGCGGCCUUUGAUACAUGUCUUUUACUUCGGAAGAACAAGUUGCUCGAUGACCAUUUCAAUUCAAUAUACCAUCGCCGCCUUCCGGCAAUGCGAAACGCGAAACUUGCAAUAACAUCGAAGCGCACCAGCGAGUAUGACAUGAUAUCGAAGCCAUCUUUAUGGGGCCGGAAACAAGGAAUGCCCCCCAAAGAACUUUAUGGCACCGUUAUCACGUUCUUGCCCUCCAGUCAACUAUUGCACGAGGCCAGACCUUUGCUAUUGUUCACACGAGAGAGACUACCACACUUCCCACAGUUUCCCAUCUUCCUCGAUGACGACAUAGAGACUACAAUACUCACGACUCCCUUGGAAAAUCAGAUUCUACUUUCAGAAGAGGAGGUUGAUGCCCUCACAGUGUUUACUCUUCGUGUUUUUCGUGACGUGUUCCACAAGACUUACGAUAACGAGCCCGAAAAGAUGGCUUACUGGCUAGCACCGGUAAGGGUUCAAAGCUCAUACAUCCCGUCAUUCGACCCAAGGCAGAUCCUUGACUGGGAGAGCCUCAACUAUGUGCGCGACAACGAUAGCAUUCCAUUUUCUACGGAGACACACCCAGAGAGCUUGGUUGAUCUCUUUGUGUUCGAUGCCUGGGAUGGAAGAUGCCGAUUCUUCACAGUAGGAAUCGAGGAAAGUCUGACUCCCUCUUCUCCUCCACCACCCUUUGUAGCCCGGCGCAGACACAUGACCGAUAUUAUGAAUUACUGCUCGAGCCUCUCCAAGAACUCCAGGGCUAAAUUUCUGUCGACUUGUCACUGGGACCAACCUGUCUUAAGGGCAGAGCUCGUACGACUCCGCAGAAACCUUUUAGACAGAAUGACAGACACCGAGAGAGAAGUUGAAACGAGGUGCUUCAUUUGUCUUGAGCCAUUGAAAGUAUCUGCUAUCCCUGCAGCUACAGCAUUCUCCUGUCUCGCAUUCCCAGCAAUCAUCUCCAGAAUUGAUGCAUACCUAAUCUCUCUCCAAGGCUGCGAAAGCCUAAAUUUCACCGUCAAGCUGGACCUCGCCCUUGAAGCAUUCACAAAAGACUCCGAUAAUACCGAGGAACACCGAGCUCAGCAGAUACAUGUCCAACGAGGAAUGGGAAGAAAUUAUGAGCGACUGGAAUUCCUCGGAGACUGUUUCCUGAAGAUGGCUACCUCGAUUGCUCUCUUCACACAAAACCCAGACGAUGAUGAGUUUGACUAUCAUGUAAACCGGAUGUGCCUCAUUUGCAACAAGAACCUCUUUAAUGCAGCCGUAAAAAAGGAGAUCUAUAAGUAUAUUCGUAGUCGAGGAUUUUCGAGACAUACAUGGUAUCCAGAGGGUCUGAAGUUACUACAAGGUAAAGACCACAGUAGAAAGGCAACCACGGAGAGCAAGCAUGCCCUUGCAGAGAAAACAAUUGCCGAUGUUUGCGAAGCUUUGAUAGGGGCGUCUCUGCUUUCCGGGGGUCCUGAACAUCGAUUCGACAUGGCUGUCAAGGCAGUGACUACUCUGGUGAACAGUCCCAGUCACAUGGCUGAGCGAUGGAAGGACUACAUCUCUUUAUAUACGAUACCGAAGUAUCAGCGCCGAGCGGCGGAUGGUGCCGAGAUACACCUUUGUCGAAAGGUCGAAGAGAAGCUGAGCUACCGCUUCCGUUACCCGACGCUUCUUGGAUCAGCUUUCACUCACCCUUCGUAUCCAUCCGCAUGGGCUAAAGUACCCUGCUAUCAGCGCUUGGAGUUUCUUGGUGAUUCACUGAUUGACAUGGUGUGCGUGGAAGACUUGUUUGCCAGGUAUCCUGACCGAGACCCCCAGUGGCUCACAGAACACAAAAUGGCCAUGGUGUCCAACAAGUUUCUGGGUGCUUUAGCCGUGAAACUGGGGCUCCAUACGCAUCUAAAGUACUUUAGCGCUCCUUUGCAAUCUCAGAUCACUCAGUACGCCGAAGAGAUCCAGACAGCAGAGGGCGAGAGUGAGGGCGCGGUGGACUACUGGACUGUGACAAAAGACCCUCCUAAGUGUUUGCCCGACAUGGUUGAAGCGUAUGUAGGAGCAGUUUUCGUUGACUCCGGUUUCAACUUCGAGGUCAUUGAGAAGUUCUUCCGGGAUCACAUCAAACCAUUCUUCGAGGACAUGGCAAUUUAUGACAGCUUCGCAAAUAAGCACCCUACGACUUUCUUGUACAACCGACUGACUAAUGAAUUCGGCUGCAUGAACUAUUGUCUGAAAGCUGGUGAGAUGCCCAGCAUCGAUGGGGCCCCGGCUGGGGUUUUAGCGGCCGUCAUCGUGCAUGAUGUUGUCAUUGCCGAAGGUACAGCAUCAUCUGGUCGCUAUGCUAAAGUUAAGGCCAGUGAGAGGGCACUCGCCGUGCUGGACGAGCUAUCAUCAGCAGUUUUCCAGAGGAAAUAUCGCUGUGAUUGUCGAGAGUCAGGAGACUUGGCAAGACCCGACAUUGGAACGGCUAUCUGA